AUGUCCUCGCUAAAUCAAACUGUGCUCUCGGAACAAGCAAACCCAAAUCCCAUUGAAUUUUUUCAAUCUUGGUUCAAAGACGCACAGGUAGCGUAUCAAGAGAAUGCGUAUGCCAUGAUAUUAGCAACUGCCACUACAGACGGCAUUCCCUCUGCUCGAGUGGUGGUGCUGCGACAUUAUGACGAACAGGGAUUUGUUUUUUAUACGAAUCACGACUCUAGAAAGGGCAGAGAGUUAGAGUCAAAUCCUAGAGCAGCCAUUACAUUUUAUUGGGGUUCGCUAGGGAGACAAGUGAGGAUUGGCGGGAAUGUGGAAAGGGUAAGCACGGAAGACUCUGAGGCAUAUUUUAAGGUAAUAAAGCAACAAGGCUUGGCAUAUCGACAAGUGUUGAUACGGAAACAAAGGCCAUUACAAAGUAAAUUGAGUACAUGGGCUUCGCCACAAAGCCAAGUAAUUCCUUCUCUAAGCAGCCUCCACGAGCGUGUAGAGUCAUUGAAAGCCGCCUAUCCCGACGGCAAUGUUCCGUCACCUCCAUUCUGGGGAGGGUACAGAGUUAUCCCAAACGAAAUAGAAUUUUGGUCAAGACAGGAAAACAGAUUACACGAUAGAAUAGUAUACAAGAGAGAUUCUGAGAAGAAUACGUGGGUUAUU